AGAUUGAUUGCAUACUUUUACCACAGAACUAUAAUAAAUUUCUCUUGGGUGUUGAUAGCUUUGUAUCUCAUUUAGAUCUAAUCAAUGUGUGCAUUAUAAAUAAUAUAUGAAAAUUGUCAUGGUAAAAGUCUUGCCUGGUUGGAUUUUAUUUUACUAAAGUAAACAACAGAGCUACAACAAAAAAUAUUUUGUUUCAAAAUACAGCAAGGAAUAUCUAAAACUAAAUAAAGUUAACUUUUAGGAACAAUGCAUAGUUUAGCAGUUAUUAUUUGGCUUAAGUGUCUCUACAUCACACUGUUUUGUAAUAAAGCAAGUGCAGAGAAAAAAGUUGUAUUCAAUAAUAUUGGAUAUUCAACCAAAUAUUACCAUCAGAUUGGUUACAGCUAUCGGAAAUCCCCAAUGAAGACAUUAGUAAUGUCAAUGGCUGCCUAUGACAUGGAAAUAGCUUCGGUGCAAUGUUUGUCCACUUGUCAGAAAGAGGCCAAUGCAGGUAUUAAUUCAAGUUGCGUUGCUGUCAAUUUCCACACAGAAAAUGGAACAUGUGAACUGUUUCAUGACCAGCCUGUUUAUAGGUAUAAUAAACAUGUGAUACCUGACGACAACUGGACACUGUACAUGGAGGAAGCUUUGAAGUACCCACGUGAUUGUGAAGAUAUCACAAUAGACACCAGAAAGGAAUACUAUGAUAUCCAGCCUGACAUGAGUAAACCACCAUUUUCUGUGAUGUGUGGAGACAAAAGUACAACAAAAAGAUACUCUACCUUUAUUCAAAGUCACAAAAUAAAUAGCGAAUUCGAUUUUCAGAAUGCCACCUGGUCUGAUUAUCGAAAUGGCUUCAAAAACAACAACGCUGGCCAAUCAUACUACUGGAUAGGCAAUGAAAAUCUUCAUACAUUAACAAGCAGUCAUAACUAUUCCAUUAAAUUCUCCUGUCUUGAAAGUGAAGAGGGCAAGAGGAACAUUAGUGACAGACACCGAUAUAUAUUCUAUGACAGUUUUUCAAUCGGUAGUGAAGAAGACUUUUACAGGUUAAAUAUUGGCAAGGUACGCGAAAAAGAUGACGACAUUGAAGAUGCGAUUUGGGGUACAGCCAUUGAGGAACACAUAAAUGGAUCAAAAUUUAUGACAUAUGAAAAUGUGACAGAAAACCCAUGUGCACGGCAAGGUGGCUGGUGGUACAACAACUGUACUUAUGCUAAUCUUAACACAGCCAAUAAUGAUAUAUUUUGGGGAAGCUUGAAGUGUCAUCAUAGUAGAAUAAAAUUAUAUCGUAUAUGGAACUGAGCUGCCUCUACUCUGGUAAUCAAUAAUAGACAGUCGUAAGGACUGAACUUCAUUAGUAGCACAAACAUUGACUUUUAAUAUACAGUAAAACCUGUGUAUAUUGAACAUUUUUUAUGGAGAGGAAAAAUGUUCAGUGUGGGUAUGUCUUCAAUACAGAGAGGGUAAUUUGUACGGAAGUCAGUAGAGUAUGUGUGGAGGUAGUGUGUCUACUAGAGACAGGUGUCCACUAGAGACAGGUGAUCACUGAGACAGGUGUUCACUGAGACAGCUUUUUCUGUACUGUGUAAGAUUGCAUUUAUUCUAUUAGCUCAUAUGUAAUGCACAGGAAACACAUCAUUUGACACCUGGUUUUUUCAACCUUAUUAGUUAAU